AUGGAGACGCCGUUAGACAUAAAACGUACCAUAACACACGAAGAAAUUGCCAUAUCAAAAGCUGUUUUUACGUUUAAUACCGACGAAGACCUAACAGUAAUAUGGUACGAUGAUCAACUCGAUGACAGUAUCCGACUUCUUCUCGAACAUUCCUGUGAUCACACUCAAAUUUGUUAUUCAUUGAACGAAUUAAUUACUGUUUUGGAUAAUAUUAUCAAUGAAAAAAUCAUUUUAAUUGUUGCCGGACGGUAUUCUCGUCAAGCAUUAUCUUCAGUUCAUAUUCACGACGUAAUUGACUCGAUUUAUAUAUUCUGUUUUAAUCGUUCAUACUAUGAAGAUCUUCUCGAAGGAAAUCAAUACCCCAAAUUACUCGGUAUAUACACAGAAUACCAAGCAUUAUUUACUGCUUUAGAGAAACAAAUUCAUUGUUUAUUGAAACAUUUGUCUAUAUUCAACUUGUUUAGUCGUAUUGAUAAGCCAAUACGUGAACUAGAACAUGAGUCAGCUAGUUAUUUAUGGUAUCAAUUAUUGCGUGAUACAUUAAUGACAAUGGAAACAGAAAAUGACCGAUGCAAGCAGGAAUUAAUCGAUGUUUGCCGAUCAUAUUAUCGAUCAAAUGAGAAAUUCUUAGAACAAAUCAAGUUAUUCGAUCAGACAUAUAAAGCAUCGGAUGCGAUUUAUUGGUAUACGAAAGAUUGCUUUCUAUAUCGAUUUGUAAAUAAAGCGUUGAGAACAGAAGAUAUCGAAACGUUGUAUCGUUUAAGGUAUUUCAUUAAAGACCUUUGUAAAAACUUAAAAUCGAUAUUUGAUGACAAUCUCGAAACAUUUCAAAUUGCAAUGGAAUCAAUCACAGUUUAUCGUGGUUUAACAUUACCGUUAUCGGUUAUCGAUCAAUUAAGACAAUCGAUUGGAAAAUACAUCUCAACGAAUGGAUUUCUGUCGACAACGUUUAAACGAGAUGUUGCAGAAAUGUUCAGCGCGAACGUCAUUUUCGAGAUUAAAAUCGAUACAGACCUAAACAAUAUCGUCUACGCUUAUGUCUCCCGAAUGAGUAUUAAUCCGUCCGAAGAUGAAGUUCUAAUCGAUCUCGGUGCUGUUUUUCAAAUCGUCGACGUCCAAUACAUAAAUAAGAAAUAUACUAUCUCAAUGAUUGGUGUUAGUAAUGACAUUGAUUAUUUAAAAAAUGAUUACUUUCAAGUUGAACGAGAAUAUCUACAAGAAAAUUUGGAUGAUAACGUUCUUUCAAACAUUAAUGCCCAUUCGUUUUUCGGCAAAUUUCUGUCAAUUAUUGGCUCCCAUAAAAAGGCAAUUGCUUAUUAUGAGGAGUUGUAUAAAAACUGUUUAGCAUGUAAUAAGGACCCCUUACUAAGAGAUUAUGAAAUUUAUAUUAUCACCGGAAAUCUUGCGGAUGCAUAUGGAGGUAUUCAACAAUAUGAUUUCGCUUUGAAAUACGCUUUCGAGUCUUACGAAACACAGAAGAAUUUUCGUCAUAAUUAUUCAACGCCAAUAGCUGCUAGUUUACUAAGGUUAAGUUUGAUAUAUCUAGCUAUUGAACAAGUUCAACUAGCAUACGAUUUCGUUGAAGAAGCGUUUCGUACUUUAUCUGAUCAUUGUAACGUUCAGCUACUUGGUGCACUUCAUUUCUGUAUGAGUCGAUGUUAUUUUAAACAAAAGAGAUACUCUGAUGCAUUAGAACAUUGCCAACAAGCAUUGGAAAAGUUUGGUGAAACGAGAAAUUCGAUUGCCAAUGCGGAAAUCUAUCAUCUUAUGGGUCAUAUUUUCCGAAAACAAUCAAAUACUGACAUGGCUAUUGACUCUUAUCAAAAAGCUUUAGUCUGUCAACAAAAUAUUUAUUCGAGAUCUCAUCUGCUACAAAUACAAACAUGUCACAGUCUUGGCGAAGCUUAUCAGUUAGCUGGGAUGCAUCAAUUAGCACUGAAUCAAUAUCUCGACGUAUUGGAACAUAAAAAAUACAAUGAAAACGAUGGAGAACUCGGUAGAUUGCAUGCUUCGAUAGCAUGCUGUUAUCUUCAGUUAAAUUCUCAUGAUUUAGCGCUUAAACAUGCUAAUUUAUCAUUGAAUAUCAAUAAAUCUUCAUCAAAUAUUGAAGAUAUCGAGAUUUCCUAUGUACUAAUGGGUGAAAUUUACGACGAACAACGCAAAUUCCACCUAAGCAUGGACUAUUAUGCAAAAUUAGUGAGCAGAGCAAUGGAAUGUAAUAAUUACGAAGUCAUGAAAACAGCCUGUUCGAAAUAUGUCUCGACUAUGACUUAUCUGAUCAAUGAAGAACAUGCUGAGCAAAAUAUGGAAGUUUUAUCGAAUUUCUACAGGAAAUAUGUAUUCAUUGAUGGGCAUCUAAGUUACAAUGAUUUCCAUCGACUUAUAAUGAGUAUUUCAUUAAUAUAUUUGAAAACGAAACAAUUUCAAUUGGGUGUUCGACAGUUUAGAUAUAUGUUAAAGGAUAUCGAGAUACAAUCGGAUAUUUCUGAGAAAGACAAGUUCAUUUUGGUCAUCUAUACCCGUAUUGCGUGGUUAUACGAAAAAGAUAAAAAUUAUCAUUUAGCUAUUAAUCAAUAUCAGGCAAUUUUGGACAGUGUUUCAGAAUCUAAUCAGAAGUAUUCAAUCGAUUUUGCUAUUCAAUCCUACGAAUCUAUUGGGAAUUUGUACUAUGAGUUAAAGGAGUAUACUUUAGCUAUUGAAAAGCAGAAGGAAGGCUUGUCUUUCAUUAGAAAUCUGAAUAGUGAUCAGCACGAACAAGACAUCUUUAAUUUGACCUAUUCGAUCGCGAAAUGUUACUCAGAAUUAGAAAAUGAUGAUUUCGCUCUCACCUAUUAUAGGGAAUGUGUGGAGAUUCAAAAACAUUCUUCGAUAAGCGCUGAGGAAUCCGACGACAGUGUAUAUAUGUAUGAAAUAGUCGCCGAUUCAUAUUGUGAAGAUUAUCAAUAUGAUUUAGCUAUCGAUUCCUAUGUGAAAGGUUUGAAUAUACUAGAACAAAUAUCUCCCACAGAAACUGCUCAAUUUCAUUAUAAGAUUGGGACUUGUUAUAAAAUGAAAGAAGAAAAUGAUUUAUGUAUUCGUCACUUUGAAGCAGCUCUUCGAGUCUAUGAAGAUAAUCAAUCGAACGAUAAUUUUAUGCAAUUAAUGGAUAUUUAUUUCGAAUUAGGAUGGUUUCAUCAACAUGAGAACAUGUAUGACUUAGCCAUCGAGUAUUUUCAAAAAAUGUUAAACAUUCAACUAGAUACGGGAGAGAAGAAGUGUGAUAUUGCUGACUCGUAUGUUCGCAUUGGUAAAUGUUAUCAAGAGAAACUUUUACCUGAUUUAUCUCUUGAUUAUUACGAACAAGCUCUGAAAAUAUACCUAGAAAUUGUUCAACCGAAUGUUGGAGAAAGGCGAAAGACGGCCGAUCUAAAUUGGAGAAUUGCCCGAUUGUAUCAGGCGAAAGAAGUUUGGGGCGUAGCCAUAGAUCAUUAUGAAUCUAGUUUGAAAAUGUUACCGUUUUUAAAUGAAAAGCUAAUAUUUGACUUGUUUUACCGAAUUGGACUGUGUUAUAACAAAAUGGAAAAUUAUCCUUCUGCUAUUGAGUACUUUCAAAAAGCUGAACGACAAUCAGCACAGCAAAACAUGUUCAACAUUAGAGUAGUUGAUUUGUAUGCUGAAAUGGCUUUUUGUUUCUGUAAUUUAGAAGAUUGGAAGUCGUCUGUUGAAUAUUGUACAUUGGCUUUAGGAUUCUUUAUGAGUAUGAAAAUAUCAAGCCAUCCUUCUCUGUACCGUUUGCAUAUAACUGCUGCUCACGCUUUCGGUCAACAAGAAAAACAUCAUUCAGCUAUUGAACAUUUUCAACAAGCAUUAGAAAUACAGGAAAAUCAAGACAAUCAUACUGCAGUAGAUAGAAAAUCGGAAAUGAUAUUUUUAAACAAUCAAUUGGGAUAUUGUUAUUACAUGUGUGCUGCAUACGAUACAGCUUAUGAAUAUUGUCAUAAAUCAAUUGAAGUAGCUAAAAAUUCAUCAUAUUCAACGACACAUUCUUCAAUGGUGGACAAUUACGAAUUAUUUGGAAAUAUUUAUGUACAUUACAAUGAUAAAGUGUUGGCUCGUAAUUGUUUUGUGAAAGUAUUGAAUUUGUUACAAACCAGGAAAUCAGUUUCUCCUACAGACUUAAAACGAAUUAAGAAGUCUUUAGAAAAUUUAAGAUCCAGCAGCAUGUAA